AUGUGGAAGAAAGACUUCUUUUCUCUCAUUUAUAGCUUUAGGGGAGAAGGCUUUCUUGGUCUUUGUGUAGAGAAAGAUGGAAAACUUAUUUAUUAUGUCAAUGUUUAUGCUUCAUGUGACAAAGUAGUUAGGAGAAAAACUUGGAAGAACCUUUGUGAGUUCAAGCUUAAUAACACCGUUGGAUCUUGGUACAUUGGGGGUGACUUCAACUCUAUAUCUACUAUUGAUGAAAGAAUUGGUGUUACUAUUAGUGAUUAUAGUAGGGGUUCAAGAUCUUUCAAUGAAUUCAUAGAGGAAAUGGAGUUGGUGGAUCUUCCCACCAUAGGUGGCAAGUUUACUUGGUUCAAAAGUAACGGGAAGGCGAUGAGUAGACUUGAUAGAUUUUUAUUAUCGGAGUGCUACAUAGAAGAUAGUAAGGUGGAUGGCCAAUUUAUAGGAGAGAGGGAUGUGUCGGAUCAUGCACCCAUUUGGUUGAAAAACAAUAGAAAGGAUUGGGGACCAAAGCCUUUCAAGUUUAACAACUUAUGGCUAAAGCAUGAGGAGUUUGAUAAUUUUGUUAAAGAGGAGUGGAAUAAAAUAGUAGUCAAAGGGAGAGGGGACUAUUGCUUGGUGGAAAAAUUGAAAAUCCUUAAAAGUAAUGUUCCGGAAGAGGUAGUUGAGAAAAGAUUGAAAUCGGUGGAGGACUUUUGGAAUAAUCUUAACAAAAAAGAAGGGUUUCUUAGAUUAAAGUCGAGGCAACUUUGGCUCACCGAAGGGGAUGAUAACACUCGCUUUUUUCAUAAUUCCUUAAAAGAUAGAAGAAGAAGGAAUUCUUUAUGCACCAUGGAGACUAGGGGGUAG